UCAGACACUUGGCUACAUUCUGGGAUUCCCAGCCCUAGGACAGCGGGUUGCCCUAGGGACUCCGAAGAGAGGAAGGAGGGACUGGCACGUCGUCGAGAGAAGCUGGACUCCCGAGGGUUCCACUCUCAUUUUACUCCCCUGAAAAAUAGAGCUCCAAGCAGGGGCGCCGAAGGGGGCUGUGGCACAAGGAGGGACCGGGGUAGUGAGACCUGGAUCGCCCGCUGUACUCAAGAGUCUCAAUCCACCUCCCCGCCCGCCCAGUCGGUGCCAAGAUGCGGGCUGUGCGUGUGUCCUCUUUAGGGGUGCGGAGAUCGGGCGCGCAGCGCGUCAUGAAAGCUACUGACCUCUUGGUGGCCGCUGCCGGCGUGGCCCUUCUUCUAGGACCCAAGGUCUGCGGCAGCAGCGCAAGCCCUGGCGGGGUCAUCGGGACGACGUCGGGCGGCACCACCCAGCCCAGCCGAGAGCCACCCUUCUCCGUCUUCAUGGUGCUGGUGGUGACGCUGCCGGUCCUGCUGAUUGAGGCCACUUUUCUGUGGAACCUCUUCCGUGGUGUGGUCACCAUCCUGCGCGUCCGUGCUUUUCACCGUGUGCCGCAUAACUUGGUGGCUCCGAAGGCCGUGUCAGACGUGUGCCUGAUGCCGCUGAGCCUGGUGAGCGAGAUGCCGGACGGGCGACGUUGGCGGCUGGGCCGGAGCCCGUGACACGUGUGGAUUUUCUUCGACAUGCUGCGCCGCACUGCCAGCACCUGGAAUGUGGCAGCCAUCACCCUGGCCCGCUCCUGGACUGUCACGCGCCACCUGCAGUACGAGCUGCGCAGCCGUCCGCGCGCUUCUCCGCUGUCGAUCGCGUUCACCUGGGCGUUCUCCGCACUCAUCGCCCUGGCGCCGCUACUCUUCGGCUGCGGCGAGGCCUGCGACGCUGGGCUCCAGCGCUCCCAGGUGAGCCAGGAACCUUCCUACGCCGUCUUUUCAACCCGCGGUGACUUCUACCUGCCGCUUGGAGUGGUGCUGUUUGUCUAUUGGAAGAUCUACAAGCGACCAAGUUUCGCUUCAGCCGCCGCCUCAGGGCUGUCUGUGCUAGCCGGGCCGGCUCAGGUGCAGAUGAAGGCAGCACCUCAGGAGGCUGAGGUGGUGUUCAUCGUGCGUUGCUCAAUGGUGGCCUUUCAGGCAAGUGGGGACUUGAGGCAGGAACAGAAGAAGAGGGUGGCGGCCAUAAUAGUGGGCAUCCUCACUGGCAUGUUUGUGCUGUGUUGGAUCCCUUUCUUCCUGAUGGAGCUCAUCAGCCCCCUCUGUGCCUGCAGCCGGCCCAUCUGGAAAAGCAUAUUCCUGUGGCCUGGCUACUCCAACUCUUUCUUGAACCCCCUAAUUUACAUAUCUUUUAACAAGAACUACAACAAUGCCUUCAAAAGCCUCUUUACCAAGCAGAGAUAA